UUUUCGCUCCGUGCCUCAUUGAGAAAAGAAGAAGAGCGGGAGCGCUGUAGCACCUUAGUUAGUGGCUGCUGGUACCAUUUGGUUAUUCUUCUACAGCAUAUAAGGAGUUUGUCAGCGUCCUCGUCUCAAACAUGAACGGGCUAGAUGAACCAAUGGCGCCACAAACGUUCCUUUACGGGUGUGUGCUGGAAGCUGGAAAGGAAGUGGUCUUCAAUCCUGACGACGAUGACUUGGAGCAUCAGUUGGAUCUGAGGAUGGUGUGUGUGGACCCCAGCACAAAAGAUGAACUUCAUAUGGUGGAGGUAGAAGGGCAGGACGCAGAGGGUCAGAAGGUCAAGGCAGUUCUGGUUUCACUUAAGCCCUCUACCUUGCCAAGUGCAUGUCUUGGUGGCUACACAAUCACGCCCCCAGCAGUUUUUCGCCUGAAGGCAGGUUCUGGUCCGAUCCAUAUCAGUGGACAGCACCUUGUCAUGAUGGAUGCAGAUCAGUCUUUUGAUGAAGACGAUGAGGAUGACGAUGAAGAGGAGGAGGAUGUCAUAACAUCAAAGAAAAGGCCUGCCACUUCCCCUGCUGCAAAGUCUCAGAAAAAGAUGAAAAUGGAGGUGGAGGAAGAAGAUGAUGAUGAGGAAGAUGACGAUGAGGACGAUGAAGAUGAGGAGGAUGAGGAUGAUGAUGAGGCUGAUGACGACGAGGACAACGAGGAGAGCAUGGAAGAAGAAUCUCCCGUUAAGGCCAAGGCAGCUCCAGCCAAAUCUAUACCAUCCAAACAGACGCCAUCCAAACCCAAAGCACCUGCACAGAAUGGCAAGAGUUCAAAACCGAACACUCCAGCCAAAAACCAGGAAAAGACACCUAAAGGAAAAGGUGACAAGUCUCCCAAAACCCCACCAACUCCUAAAGGACCUUUGAGUGUGCCAGAGAUCAAAGCCAAGAUGAUGGAGGCAGUGAAAAAGGGAGUAACGUUACCUAAAGCCCAGCCCAAGUUUGAGAACUUUGUGAAACAUGGUCACAAGGUCACAGAGCCCAAGGUCAUUGCAGAGCUGUGGAAGUGGAGGCAGGCAUUGAAGGAAUAACAGACGUUGCAGUUUUAUCUAUUUUUAUAACUUGUUUAUGCCCUUAGCACCUCUUAAACCCUCUGAAGCCAAACUGAGUGCCUCACACUUGUCCUUAAAUCGCUCUUUACGUAUAGGCCACUUCAAUUUGCCCUCCUGGAUGAAGAGAUUGGAGAGGUAGUGAGGGGCGGUAGCUGUGCAGUACUGGUGCAUAGUCCACCUCCAUCACCCUUUUGUAAGAGCACAGGGCUUAGGUUUUUUUGUUUGUGGGGUUUUUUUUUUUUUUUUUUUUUUUUUUUUCUCUCCCCACUUUAGUAAGUUUGAUAUACUCUUAUUAAGAAACAGUUAAAACACACCUAUUACACAAUUUAAAAACAAAUACACGCUUCACCAGGGAUCUAAUACUGAAAAUACUCUGAAGUUUGUUUGGUUUAGUAUAAUUAAGAACAGGAACACGUGUCACUCUUUCUAGAACAUUGUCGUUUCUUUAUUAUAAUUUUAGAUUUGUUGCAUCAUAAUCCUGUGACAGCGAUUUCUCUCCCUUCAAAAUGUGUUGGAGAUGUAUUUUUACCGUCCAAGGGGAAAACGAUUCAGCCAAUCUGUUUGGGCAACGAACCUAGAAGUGGAGUAAUAACACAUUUCAGCUCUGUGAAACCGUUUGCUCUGUGUUGCCAUGCCUACUGACAGCCCAGCGGCCAAAGGUUACAUGCUCAGUAACUGUAUGUGUGAGUUAAUUUGCAAAUGAAUUGUUUAAUGUUUCAUAGAAAUUUCUACUGGUAUCAAGUUUGAAGAUGCAGUUUGACCAACUGUGGUUAUUCUGUUCUCAGUGCAUGAGGCCUGUUAAAACACAAGACCAUUCCAUGCUGUCAAGUUUUUACGACUUUUCAACAGACUGUCCCUCAAUUGAUAAAAUAAAAUAAUAAAUGUGUAUCUUUGU